UAUGUAGAUAACUAGAAGCUUUUGAACCAUGAGUGAAUCAGAAACUGAUCACCCUGAGCAAACUCCAUUCUCCCAUACACAAUUAUCUAAAUCCACAUUUGCACUUCUGUUGGCCGCAGAGAUUCUUUCAGGUGUGGGGAUGGAUGGAGGUGUGCUGUUGUAGCUCUCUACUAUUGCAUGUUCAGAGAAAAGCUCCACCACGCGAUUCUCUCUUUUCAUCUCAUCUCUAUAGCUAGUUAGCAGAAACAUCGUAACAGGCUAGGUUGUUGGAAGCGGAUAUCGACACCACACUCUCGUGACUGUUGGAGCUUGCAAUUCGGCUUCGCGUGCUGUGCUCAUGGGGGAGCGGUCCUCUAUAGUCUGCUCUGUGUCUGAGUCGAUGAUGGGCCAAAGCCUCCACACAUGGGGGGGGGGGGGUCGGGUGAAUGGGAUUGGGUCGGUGGUGGCCUCGAAUGGAACGAAAUUACUCCACCGCCGUCAGUCUGUCGUUGUGACUCCUACUCGAUGCUCGCAAAUCGUUGUACUCUCCAGAAGGAGCGGUCCCGAGUCCUUUUUUUUCCUUGUGCCAGGAUAGUUGCCACCUUCCAAAGUGGCCAAGGUGCUGAGUCCGUGAAGUAUCGUACCCCGAUUCGUACAAAUCAGUGAAUCAGACUGGUGAAAAAUGGUGAAACUCGAAAUCCUUUGAGUGGAAAAUCGGUUCUGAAUGAGAGUGAGUCGGAAGUCUGUGGUAUCCGGGCGUAUCGGGCCAGUCUCAGUAAUAAGUGCUAAGUGCGAUUUAAGACACGCAAGGAAUUUCCAAGAAGAAGAUUAACUUUCAAGGUUUGAAGUUCCAUUCAUUCGCGGAGGAUAAGCUGAGCAGUUUGAAGAAAAGGCACACCCCCGCACUCGAUUCUCCUGUCGGUUGGUGGUUCCCUGCUGUGGACGGUCGGACGGACUGAGGGAGGAAAAUAUGUGCGUUACUGCUGUUGCUGCAGCAAUAUUCUCAUCGCUGCUGCCCGAGCACGGUUGAAGAGCCCAGAAAAGAUCCGAUUAGUGUGGCGCAAGUAGAACUUGGACGGACACCACACCGUUCAGCAACCAUAGGUAUAGCCUCUGCCGUGGAGAUUCAUUGCAAAAGAGUUCGGCACUAGGUGCUGGUGGUGGUGGGCGAUAUGUGUGCCACGGUCAAGCUGCAAACUGCCGUAGAAGCUGGCCUCUGGCGAGGCCCUCCGAGAGCCACCAUCAGCGAGGCGCCACCUUGUGGAUGCUAGAAAGCCAAGAGGAAGACCUCCGCACAGCAGAAACAGAGAAGAAGCCAAACUUGCCUCCCCCGCGCUGCGCCGCGUCACGCCGCCGGUCGGUCGUUCGUAUUGGUCGGUCCCAAGAAGGACUCAACUUCGGUCGGUCCGCGAGUGUUGUUUGUGUGAUGUGCUCUGCUCUGGGAAACUCCGAAGGAAGAAAAUCGUGAAAAACAACAUUGUGGCUCUUUGGCUUCUACAGCGUCUAGUGUGGUGUCUAUAGCGCGGCCUGUGUCUAACAACCAGCAGUGAGAAAGUGUGCUUGGUGUUUUGCCACAGAAGAGCCGGGAGAAUAUCAUAAAAUCAAUAAAAUAAUCAUAAAAGUGAGGUCCUCUACAUAUACUGCUGCUGGUGGAACUGGUCCUUUGGCGUGUGUUUGUGCCUUCGUUGGAAAAACAUCGGCCCACCAGAGAGGUUGGGGGCGGCUGCUUGGUAGCAGAGUGCGAGCGAAAGCUUUCAUCCCCCUUGGUGCUCUGAGAAGGAGAGCAAGCAUCAGAGCCCGACGGAGAGUGUGCGAGACCCGAACAAGAGCGACUCAGUGACCGUGGGGAGCAUCCACGCGAGAGCAAGUGGGUGGUGGAUACCACCCCCCACGACUGACAACAAUCCAUCGCAGCCGUGGUCGGAUCCUUCAUCCAUUGUGGUGGAUCUGUUGUGUUUGUGAGCUUUUGAAACGGAAUCAGGUGAUGACGAAGGGUGCGAGCGAAGAAGCUGUAGAGAAGCAAGAAGAUAACGGCGCACAAAGCGAAGCAAAAAGUGUGUGGAAGAUAAAGAGAACAUAACGUACCUACCUACCUACAGCUUUCGGUUUUGACAUAAAUACUUACCGAGAAGGGGCACAACAGGCGAUUCUCAGCGAAAAAGGGUGUCCCCCAGUGGAGCUAAGUGCCACGUGAAUAUUUCAGAGCGUACGAUUGUUCUUUUAUUUUCUGGGGUUUGUGAAAGGUUGAGCAAAGCAGAAGAAGCGGUUGUUGCAUAAAAGAGAAGGGUUAAAAGUUUUACAUUUUUUAAAUAGCAGCUCGAUUGAAGGAAAGGGAAACGGAAUUGCGGUGUGUGAGUGAGACGAAGGCGAAGAAGCCGGUAUAGUGUAAGAAAGCAAAGGGAAGUGAUAGAGCAGUGGUGGGAGUAGAAGAAGCAGCAGCGAACGAAGAAUACGGAAAGUUGGAUGGGGAUGAGGUGGUCCAUCGUCCUAGCUGUUGUCGUCGUUGUCGUUGUCUCCAAACCGUAUACAGACAGCGCCAGCAAAGUGGAAGAAACCAGGUGCUGCAAUCUGCUGAGUGGCCGCUGUACCAACAAUGAGGAGUGGUAGCUCAGAACUUCUGCUCGAGCAACAAGCAGAAGAGCUACGGAAGAAAAAGCUGCUAGAGCUAGCGGCUGCCAAGAAGGCGAAAAAUGGUCCUGCACCCAAGCGAACGCUGCGCGAAAAUGCCAGCUUCUACACGACUUCCAGUCUGGCGUUCCUCUCGGUGACAGCCGGAGCAUCGCUAUUGUUUCUGGUUCCUCUCUAUGUCGACCCGGCGAUCUCGACGCUGGUCGGCGACUUUGUCGAACGGCCCACAAUGUGCGUUACGACGCGGCGCGAAGAUAUGACUGGUUUGUUCAACUGCUCGUGGAGUUCGUGUCGCGAAGGUUGCACCUCGGAUGUGUUCAAGUGCACUCAUAUCUAUGUGACGUUCAUCGACGAUCUGAACUUUACCUUCCCCUUCAAUGCAACGCCCUCGGAGCUGUUCAAUCUGACCGAUAUCGAGCGGUCGGAGGAAGCGAUCCUGCUGGUGAACAUCAAAGGCUGCGGCUACCCGCCGACGGUCAAGUGCAAAAACUUCACCGAUCUGUACGGCUUCGAGGGCGCAGUGUUUCCGUGUUACUACUCGAAGCAGAACAAAACGGUCGUGAUGACCGCCUACAACCGGGAGGAACAGGUGCAGACGAUCAUACACUUUUUCGUGAUUCCAUUCAUCAUUACGGUCGUCUCGUCGGUGUUUCUCUGCGUAAUGCACUGUGAUUGUAGAUGUAAGAAGGAGCGACGACGACGGCAUCGACACCGGCGGCCUAGGAUAGAGAAUCUGAGCGAUUCGUCGAUAUCGACCCGGGUGGACAUGCUAACGCCCGCGAUCGAAGUCUACAAGCCGCCCCUCUGACACAAGGACGACACCCUGGAGAGCAACCUCGGCAAUCCAUCGACCAGUAGCGAUCUAUGACGAGGUGCACUGUUGCUGGCGGUACGCCUCUACUGCUGUUGCCUGAACUAGGGUAGUAAGCGAGGUUCUUCCCACCCCAACCAAAACACACAUCUGGAUUCUGAUACACACCAGCCAACAGGCCAACAGCAUCAGCAGCAGCAGAAGCAGCGUGGCAUCACAUCAACCGUUAGAUGUGAGUGAGCGUACCGUACCUAUAACAUCGAACGUAAGUUUCCGGUGAAGACGGAACCCUUCACGGAGCCUUCAUCAUCAGGUGAAUCGGGUAGCAUCGGUGGUAAGUUUUAUCGAGACACCAGGGAAGACGCGGAAGAGGACGUAGGAUGGCGAUAAAAUCAUCUCUGUGCUACUAUAGAAAGGGGGUAGGAAUGUGGAUUAGGGCGCGGCUGUUAUUACGACAUUCUGCUCAACCGCAAUUUUGUUUCCCUUUUCUGGAUACGUAUCACAUAAGUAAAGCUAUUUCUGAGUUUACAUGGUAAAUUUGAUUACUGUCGAAUAAGUCUUAUGGCUCUAGGUGUUUCACCAAUCUUUUCUUUGGAAACUCUGCGUGAAGUAACAACGUGAGUUUCACUGUAAAUGCGUCUAGCAGUUCCCCAAAAAUAUUUUAAAUAUCUGUUGAAAGAACUCCUGCAGUUAUUUCUUCAUUGAACAAUUCCACAACUUAUAGCAAAACGUUUUAUUGAACGUGCGAUAUACUGUCCAGUAUAAUCUGUAAAACUAUCAGUUUCUUUGUCAUUUUUGUUUACUUAAAAAUUGUACACACUCAGAGCUACACAAUUUUUUUAAAAGCUCAAAUCGUUCUCAUUACAUGAAAAUCACAUGAAUAUUGGUGAUGAAAUUCAAAUUUACAUGGACAUCUGAGAUAUCUUUUACCAUGUGACUCACUUCCGAAAUAGCAUACGAAUUUUGGUUUUAUUCAAUUUCGAAAAAUCAGCCGUACCCUACUCUAGCAAAGUUAUUAUAUACACGUUAGUGUCAUAAAUUAGAAGCACAGGGUACUCGUAUGUACGUAGGUAGAGGAGGAUCAUGCUGCUGCUACUGGUUGGGGAGCCAGGUCGACCGACACACGGAUGUCAUCGCAGGACGAUGAUGGUUCCGCUUUAUCUGACCUAUCCUUUCUCGGUGUUACUGUUGUUAUAAUUGUUGAUGUGUCGCUCUGGCGUUGGAGAGCGACUUGGGGGUGUCGAUUCUGGCAGAUGGUGACGGUGAACUGUUUCUUAAAGUAGAUUCGCUCCUCGUGGACAUGCCCUUGAGCUUUGCGAAUCAGGAAGACUUUUAGGAUACGAAAAAGUAUUUGAUAAAUCUUGGGGAAGUUAUUUAAUAACUGUUAAAGACAGUUGCUCAAGGAAUUUAAAAGCAAAUGAGCCGUCAUUGAGAACCACUGGCCACAGUAGCAGCAUGAAAUAAAACCAUCAUAUUAUAAGUAUAAAUUUUCAACCGAUGUAUACUUGAAUCGCCCGAGACUUCAAGGGCGUCUAACAUAGCAAAAAGUAACAGCAGCAGUAGCAAAUCUACCAAACCAAAAAAGAAACUGUCUCUUCUGGGUGUCAAAUUAAGCAGCAAAUCGAUCUAAUAGGAUUAAAACCAAUUGACUAAAAAGAAAUGAAUAUAGAGGAAGACAAAAAAAAAUGAGCAGAGCUAUAAUCUAAGUAGCAAAUCACACACUAAAGUGGAAUCCCAUGUAAGGUGUAAGGCUAUACAUAUAUACAACACACGUACCGUUAACACAUACCAAGAGAAUCCAAAUCUCUUAGAAACAGCCCCACACACAUACAUGCAACAUGCCGCCGGACUCCCACCCGAGACGAGUUUCGGGGGGAAAUGAUAUGUGUGUGAACUGAAUAUAACGCAGAACAGAAGCGAGCAGACGUAAUUCCGUAGCAAAUAGCAGUUUAAAACCGAGAAAAGGGGUGAAAUUUAUAGUCUAAGUAGGAUUAAACAAGGUAAACCGUAGGAUUAAGGAUUACACAAAUUGAUUAGGCGAUACAUAUUGGAGAAGCUGGACGUUGGAAGGCACGGUGCAGUGGUGGGUGGGAUGUGUGAAAUGUUUUUUGCGUGUUGAAUUGUUUCGGCUUUGAGGGUGGUUCGGGAAUUACAAAGAACGUCGUUGCAUUGCUAGACUGAUUCGAAGUCAACUACUGGACUAAAACUUCGGCCUAGCUAAUGAAUGUCGCUCACUAAUUAGAUCGAGCAGUGUCAGGGGUGAGAUUGAAGGUAAUCAAUCAAUACAGCAAUCGACAUCUUACUUUAACAGCCUAAAGGACGAAAGAAUAACAGAGAUUAAUGAUUCUUCUUCAUGUUAUGACUGUUUUUGUAAUUCUCGUACAACUAAGUUGUACCGAAAGGCUAUCAUUUCACUUCACAAACAAA